GCCAGAGGUCUUCAUCGACACUCCUCAUCCUACACGCUUCAAGCUUGUACAUAUAUACUCAUAUACUACGAUACCCUAUUUUCUUCCUCUCAACGUAGUCUCUCAUAACUGAUAUUCACCAUUAAAUCAUGGCACCCUCAAAGAAGGCAGGGAAGAAAGUAGCACCAGCAAAGAAAGGCGGGAGUACAACCAAAGGUGGAGUAGCAAAAGCUGAUUGGAAGGAGGGGUUCAAGAAGAAGACUGUCGGCGUGUCGGAUAUGACGCUCUUGACGACGAUAAGUAACGAAAGUAUUAACGACAACUUGAAGAAGCGAUGGACUACUGGCGAAAUCUAUACCUACAUCGGAGCAGUCCUGAUCUCAGUCAAUCCCUUUCGCGAUCUUGGAAUUUACACCGACGAGGUUCUCCAGAAAUAUCGUGGCAAAAAUAGGCUCGAGGUUCCUCCUCACGUCUUCGGUAUCGCUGAAGCUGCCUAUUAUAACAUGAACGCAUAUCACGAAAACCAAUGUGUCAUUAUUUCUGGAGAGUCUGGUGCUGGAAAGACUGAAGCUGCCAAGCGAAUCAUGCAAUAUAUCGCAGCUGUGUCCGGCGGACAGGAUAGUAGCAUACAGGAGAUUAAAGACAUGGUGCUAGCCACCAAUCCUCUCUUGGAAAGCUUUGGUUGUGCUAAAACACUACGGAACAAUAACUCCAGUCGACAUGGUAAAUACCUGGAGAUUAUGUUCAACUCUCACGGUGAACCAGUCGGUGCGCAGAUUACGAAUUAUCUUCUUGAGAAGGGACGUGUUGUUGGACAAGUGGAGAACGAACGAAAUUUCCAUGUGUUCUAUCAAUUUACCAAAGGUGCUAGCGACGAACAACGGGAGAUGUUCGGUCUGCAGGGUCCUGAAGCGUACGCCUACACUAGUCUCAGUAACUGCCUGGAGGUCCAAGAUAUAGAUGAUGUUCAUGAUUACGGUGAAACUAUCAAAGCAAUGCAGGUCAUAGGGCUCAGCGAGCAUGAGCAAAGUGAAAUUUUCAAGAUGCUCGCCGUCGUCCUCUGGUUAGGAAACGUCCAGUUCGCUGAAAAUGACGAGGGAAAUUCACAAAUUGCCGAUGCUGGUGUCCCCGAUUUUGUCGCAUAUCUUUUGGAAGUCGAUUCUGCAUUAGUUCAGAAAGUGCUCACUACUCGGGUAAUGGAAACACAACGCGGAGGUCGAAGGGGCUCCGUUUACGAUGUUCCUCUUAACCCUGCUCAGGCUUCUUCUGGUCGCGAUGCAUUGGCGAAGGCGGUUUAUAACAACUUAUUUGAAUGGAUCGUUUCUAGAAUCAACGUUUCCAUGAAACCGCGGACUGCUCAUGCCCAAAUUAUCGGGAUUUUGGAUAUUUUUGGAUUUGAAAUCUUUGAGGACAAUUCGUUUGAACAACUCUGCAUCAACUACGUCAAUGAGAAGCUCCAACAAAUAUUCAUCGAGCUUACUCUGAAGACUGAGCAGGAAGAAUAUGUUCGAGAGCAGAUCACCUGGACGCCUAUCAAAUAUUUCAACAACAAGAUCGUAUGCGAUCUCAUUGAAGAACGCCGUCCUCCGGGCAUAUUCGCUGCCCUGAAUGACGCUUGUGCCACCGCUCAUGCCGACCCUACCGCAGCCGAUAACAGUUUCAUUCAAAGGUCUGCUGCACUGUCUUCAAAUCCUCAUUUUGAGGUGCGAGGUGCUCAGUUCCUGGUUCGCCAUUACGCUGGAGAUGUCAUGUAUAAUGUGGCUGGAAUGACGGACAAGAACAAAGAUACCUUGAUCAAAGAUCUUUUAGAUCUAGUCGGUACUAGUGGCAACCAGUUCCUGCAAGGCUUAUUCCCUGACCGACCGGACCCCAAUAGUAAGAAAAGACCACCGACAGCAGGCGACAGAAUCAAGGUCUCGGCAGGUGCACUUGUUGAAAAUCUCAUGAAAGCUCAACCCUCAUACAUUCGAACGAUCAAACCGAACCAGAACCGCAGCGCCUCGGAAUACGAUGAGAAGGCGAUCCUACAUCAAAUCAAGUAUCUCGGUCUGCAAGAGAAUAUCCGUGUCCGUAGAGCCGGUUUCGCUUAUCGAAACACGUUCGAAAAGAUGGUAGAACGGUUCUAUCUUCUGUCACCAAAAACUUCAUACGCCGGUGAGUAUACAUGGAACAGCGGUGCCAAGUCAGGAUGCGAACAAAUCCUCAAGGAUACUGGUAUCGCGAAGGAGGAAUGGCAGAUGGGUGUUACUAAAGCUUUCAUUAAGAAUCCAGAGACGCUUUUCGCUCUAGAAACGAUGCGUGAUAGGUAUUGGCACAACAUGGCUGGUCGCAUUCAACGAGCAUUCCGGAAUUACAUGCGUUAUAAGCACGAAUGUGCCCGGCGAAUCCAACGGUUCUGGAAGAACAACAAGGAGGCUAUUAUCUACGCCCAGGUCCGGGAUUAUGGUCACCAGGUCCUCGCUGGUCGUAAAGAGCGCAGAAGAUUUAGUCUACUCAGUUAUAGACGAUUUAUGGGAGACUACCUGGACGUCAAUGGGAAGAGUUCAUUCGGGGAGGAAUUAGGAUCUGUCUGUGGUAUCGGAGGAGAGGAAGUCGUCUUCAGUGGAAAGAUUCAACUGCUGGUGUCCAAGUUCGGGCGUUCCAGUAAACCAAGUCCCCGCUGGAUCGUAGUGACGAAGAAAGCAGUUUAUAUUGCCGUGACCAAUCUCAAAGACGGCCGAGCAGUCACAUCGUUGGAACGCAAGGUUCAGGUAGUGACCAUCAAAAGUAUAUCGAUGUCGAGUUUACGUGACGACUGGAUGGUUUUGAAUGGGAGUAUUUCCGAAGAGGGUGACCCUGUCUUCAGCUGUUAUUUCAAGACUGAACUCGCUUCAACUCUCAUGAAAUUAUCACAAGGAAGUAUAACUCUCAACAUUGGGCCCACUAUUGACUACGCUAAAAAGAAAGAAAAGCGUGCACAAGUCAAGUUCAUCAAGGACGAGACAGUCCAGAAGGAUGACUUGUAUAAGAGCCACACUGUUCACGUACCAUCUGGUGAACCCCCAAGUAGCCUGUCGCGUCCCCCUGCGAAGAGAAAACCAGGUGUUGUCCGUCCCAUCACCCAGGGCAAGCUUUUACGUGCAGGAGGCCCCGACAAACCUCGAGCGGCAGCCAAACCUAAACCCACCGUACGACCUUUACCCGGCCAAUCAGCCGUCAAACCUGCUACUGCUCCUGUAACCACAUCCCAACCUGUCGCGAUUCCCAAACCGUCUACUAGUACUGUUUCCAAACCAUCGACAGGUUCAGGUUCUCGAGCACCGCCUCCACCUCCUCCCCCACCUCCUCCAAAAGUUGCGACACCUGAACCCCAGGCGGAGACGUGGAAGGCGAAGUUCCCAUUCGCUGGUGAGGAAGGCGAGAUGUCCCUUCAGAAAGACGACGUGGUCGAAGUUGUUGAGAAAGACGGUGAUUGGUGGCUCGUCAAGAAAGACGACGCUGAAGGUUGGGCACCUAGUAAUUACCUUGAACUUGUUCCUCCCAAAGCUGCUCCUGCUGCUCCACCUCCACCCCCACGAAGAGCACCUGCGCCUAAACCUUCUUCGACACCAGCAGCGUCCAUCAAACUGCCCAUGCAACCAUCUGUUACCGCUAAUCCGUCGGCCAAACCAGUAUCAGUGUUCCCAGGUAUGGGGCCUUCGAACGGCUCCGCAACGCCAUGGAAGAAAACUCCAUCCUCAUCUACACCAGAUGACUCGGAUAAUUCUAGGCCUUCGAGUGUCAUCGGAGGCAACAAACCAGCACCUCCCGUUGCGACCAAACCGAAGCCACCUGUGGUUGGGAAUAAGCCUGCACCACCUGUUGCAGCGAAACCCUUUACUGGACCCAAACCUCCCGUUGCGGGAGGGAAGCCACCUGUCCCUAGUGCUUCAAGACCACCCGCCGCACCUAAAGCACCAGCAGGCGGAGGUGCAAAGGCAGCACCGGCUGCUGUUGGACAGUUGGAUUUGGCUGCAGCGUUGGCCAAACGUGCGCAAAAGAUAGCUGAUGAUUGAUUGUUUGCUGUAUUUUUUAUUUCUGUCUGUUAAUUCAGUAGUGUCGACAGAAAAACAUUUCUUAGAUCAUGUACGGAAUAGAAGUUUAUCCAACCCGCCAUGCCUGC